AUUCCUUUCAUUCAACAAGUACAAAGGAUGACAAACAUCGUGAUGAUGAAUAGGACAGUGAUACUCUAUGUUCUGCUUUUUUAUUUUGCCUCUGAAGUAAUUUCACAGUACCAUUUUCCUGUUCAUGAAGUCACUUCCUGUCCUAAAAACCGAUCGGAGUGGUACACAGCUGGAGCCCGACUUAACUGUUCUAAUGAUGAAAACAACACACUACAGUAUCUGUGCAUUCCAAACAUGAAAAUAACAACUCUGCUCGAGUUUUGUUAUGACAGAACAAUGGAAUUUAACGAAAAAGGAAAUUGUCUCCUUCUGUAUCCCCCUGGAAAUCUAACACAGGUUAGCUGCACGAAGUUUAGAGUUGGAUGUCCUGAACAAGACUAUCUUAGCAGUGAUAUAUUUAAUUAUUCAAGUUGUUUAGAAAUAAACAAAAACUUUGGGUGCUUUCAAGCAGAUUCAAAUUGUUAUGGUAUGGACGGAAAGGAUAUCAGCGACAUUGAGGUGUAA